AAGAUAUCAACUUCAUCUCUAAUACUUAAUUCUUCGCUAUGCUUCAUUCGACAUUGCUUGCGAUAUCAAAAUCUAUACUACCUUGCCACUCUUCUGAUCAAACUGCCACCCGCCAAUGACCAGCACUGUCAGCGAGGGCUAGAUAUUAGCUCUCUACCGUUUAUAUUCCAACAAACUCCUCUACGUCUUUCUUUAUCGUGAUACCUCCCCGACCCUGCAAUGCCUGCAGAUUACACCUCCACCGCGCGAGCUUUGUCACUUCCAGUCUCAGAGCCCGAGGACCAACAAUCUCCCUUAUUCUCCCCUCUCCGUCCGCCAUGGAGUCACUCCCCCGUUCUAUCGCGGCGAGGCUCUCGACCCCUCUCGAUGGGGGAAGCCGUCUCAUUCCGGGACCGAAUAAUCAAUCAAGCUGAAUUUUUUUAUCGUACAAUCAAAGAUCGAUGGGAGAAAUUGACUCUGGUUCAGAAAAUAAUAUAUUUCACCGGCUCCCUGCUUGUAGGCGCCCUUGGUGUGGCUUCUUUGAUUCUUGCCGGGAAAAUCUUCAUUUGGCUCGGUCCUGUUGCUGAGAAAUGGGAGCAUUCCCCGUUGGCUUAUGUCGUUGUCUGGUUCUUGAUUAUACUCGUUUCAUUUCCUCCGCUGGUUGGUUGGUCUACACUUGGAACUAUAUCAGGUUUUCUUUUUGGGUUCUGGAAGGGAUGGAUUAUUUACGCGACAGCUACUAUCGUGGGAUCGACAUUAUCAUUUAUCGUCUCCCGGACCGUUCUUACCGGCUUCGUCAAAGGCAUGAUGGAGAAUAACAAGCGAUUCGCGGCGCUUGCAUUGACACUCAAAUAUGAUGGUCUCAAGCUCCUCUGCAUGAUCCGACUUUGUCCGUUGCCAUACUCGUUUUGUAAUGGCGCCGUAUCGACAUUCCAUACCGUUAAACCGCUGAGUUAUGGUCUCGCUACGGCUAUAAUAUCGCCGAAACUCAUGGUGCCUGCUUUUAUUGGAAGCCGCAUCCGUAUCUUAUCGGAGAACAAUGAAAAAAUGAGCGCUGGCUCCAAGGCGAUCAAUGUCAUUAGUAUCAUUAUUUCAGUCUCCAUUGGCGUCGCCACUGGCUUUUAUAUUUAUAGAAGAACACUUGCUCGUGCCAAAGAGCUCGAAGCCGAAGAACGAGCUGGCAUCCGACGAUCUAUACAAGAAGACCACGCUGCAGGACGCCACCAUCAUGAAUUUUCAGAUGACCCCGACGUCAAUGCCGCCGCUAAAACUCUAGCUCGCGAUGAGGAAGCACAACUUGGAUUGUAUGAUGAGGAUAACAUCGAUAUCGAUGUCGGGGACGAACUGGCUGAAGCCCGCAGGAAUCGAUCUUAUCGAGACGAGUUCACCGAUAACGACUCCGAUGUCUUUGAUGACGGUGAUGGAGAUGAGUCAGACACUUACGGACUGCAUACCCAUGUCAGACAGUAAAUAGUCCCCGCCGUUUUUUUUUGUAUUUAUCCACGGUCACGGCGAUUUGUCCAUUUGAUAGACUUUGUAUUUUAGACCAUGAUAUGCCGUAUAGUCACGUCGCAGUCAUGCAUGCAUCUUUCCAUGCG